AUGCUGGUGGCGUGCGGCAUGCAGCGCUGUCACCAGGAAGCGCUCAAGAGGAAUCGGGUGCUGCUGGCGAAACAGCUGGUGUUAAAGGAGUUGAUGGAGCACAUGAUAGAGAAGGACGUCAUCACCACGGAGAUGAUGGAAAUGAUAGAGGCCAAGUCUGGGAGCUUCAGCCAAAAUGUGGAAUUCCUCAAUUUGCUGCCCAAGAGAGGCCCUAAUGCCUUCUCAGCCUUCUGCGAAGCUCUGCGGGAAACCAAACAGCAUCAUCUGGAGGCAGUGAUCUUGAAGACGACAUCCAGUCUGAGCCAUGGGAUUGCAAAGCUUGAACACUGUCACAAAUCAAGUCUUCCGUUCCCUGCCAGCGAGUCAUGUAAUGCGAAGAGAUCGCGCCGGAUCGUUUGCACAGAACCAAUGGAACAUUCCUUGGAUAAUGGCGAUGGUCCCCCGAUUCCUCCAGUGAGGUCCUGCACUCCUGAAUUUUACCGUGAUCAUCAGCACUUGGCAUAUAAACUGGUAUCAGAGCCCCGAGGCUUUGCACUUAUUCUCAGCAAUGUCCACUUCAGCAGUGAGAAGGACUUGGAGUAUCGUGCAGGGGGAGAUGUGGACUGUACUUCCCUGGAGAUGCUUUUCAAGCGUCUUGGAUAUCAAGUGACUGUCUUUCAUGAUCAAACUGCACAGGAGAUGCAGAAUGCAUUGGAGAGAUUCUCUAAGAUUCCAGAUCAUCGGGAUGUGGAUUCCUGUAUCGUAGCUUUACUUUCCCACGGUGUGGAGGGUGGGGUUUAUGGCAGUGAUGGCAAACUACUACAGUUGCAGGAGGCUUUCCGGCUCUUCGAUAAUGCAAACUGUCCAGAACUCCAAAAUAAGCCCAAAAUGUUCUUUAUUCAGGCCUGCCGGGGAGAUGAGACAGACCGGGGAGUGGAUCAAAGAGAUGGGAAAGAAUGGUCAGAUUCCCCAGGCUGUGAGGAAAGUGAUGCCAACAAGGAAGAAAAUCUCAAGCUUCGUCUGCCUACGUGCUCUGAUAUGAUCUGUGGAUAUGCUUGUCUGAAAGGCACCGCGGCCAUGCGUAACACCAAGCGUGGAUCCUGGUACAUCGAGGCUCUCACCUCUGUCUUUGCAGAGGACUCCCGAGACACUCACGUGGCUGACAUGUUGGUGAAGGUGAAUAGGCAAAUCAAGCAACGAGAAGGUUAUGCCCCAGGCACAGAAUUUCACCGCUGCAAGGAAAUGUCAGAAUACUGUAGCACACUCUGUCGGGACCUUUACCUGUUCCCUGGCUAUCUGCCGGGAAAAUAA